AUGGGAGAAGUGGUUGUUGAAACGAGCUACAUGGGAGAUUUACAUUUAGCACAAGGUAUCGACCAUUCCUUUAACAAUGCAAUGGGUAGAAGCUCACGAUCUGCUGCUCAAGUCAUUCCCAUUACAACUAGUCCUAGUGCAAACGAAGAUGGUACAAAUCCGGGAGGCGUAGGCGUUGAACUCGACAAGCAGGAUGCUUGGCUGCCUCUCACAGAAUCCAGAAAUGGUAGCACCUUGUCUGUCACGUUUCAUCUACUUUGUUCUGGACUUGGGAUUCAAGCUCUUUCACUCCCUGCUGCAUUUGCCACUCUUGGAUGGGCAUGGGGAUGUAUAUGCUUGUUACUAGCGUUUGCAUGGCAGCUCUACACUAUACGGCUCCUAGUUCUAUCUCACGAAUCUGAUACCGGAACUCGUUCUAGUAGAUACAUCCAACUCGCUAUUAAAGCCUUUGGUCAAAAGUUAGGGAAGUUGCUGGUAAUGUUCCCGAUGAUCUAUCUAUCAAAUGGUGCGUGUGUACAACUUAUUAUCACAGGAGGUCUAACAAUGGAGCUUUUCUUCAAAACCGUGUGUAACGAUGGGGCUACUGCAUAUUGUCAUCCAAUGACUGGUACAGAGUGCUUCUUGGUGUUCACGAUCAUGGCGAUUGUUGUGGCUCAGCUUCCCAACUUGAACUCAAUAACUUGGGUCUCUUUGGUUGGUUCUAUCACAGCAAUUGUAUAUUGCACUAUGAUCUGGUCUAUUUCAAUUGCCAAGGGGAGACCUAGUGGUAUAUCAUACAAUCCACCAGAAAUGGAGUCUGACAUGGAUCGAUUCGGUCGGAUUCUGAAUGCGAUUGGCAUUGUGUUUUUGGCAUUCAGAGGUCACAACGUCAUUCUUGAAAUUCAGGGUACAUUGCCAUCAAAUCCCAAACACCCAAUUCAUAAGCGAAUGUGGAGAGGGGUGAUUAUAUCUUAUGCAAUCAUUGCCAUAUGCAUGGUUCCUCUAGCCAUAGCUGGAUUUUGGGUACAUGGAAACAAGGUAUCCUCCUCAUCACUUUCAGCAAUAUUAAGCUCAGCUUCACAACUACCUGGACACAAUAAGACCUCAAGGUCUAUUCUGGGAGUAAUCUGCAUUCUUGUAAUACUGCACUGCUUAAGUACGUUUCAAAUCUAUGGCAUGGUUGUCUAUGACAACUUGGAGUCGAAGUACACUAUGAGGAAGAACAGGCCGUGCGCAAGACGGCUUCGAGUAACUUUUCGGGUUUUGUUUGGAGGAUUAGCAUUCUUUGCAGCGGUGACCUUUCCUUUCUUGGUGAGCCUGGCACCUCUAAUUGGAGGUUUGACAUUGCCCAUGGCUUAUGCUUAUCCCUGUUUCAUGUGGAUUGCACUCAAGAAACCGAAGCCAAAUGGUUUAAUGUGGUGUAUUAACGUGGCACUUGGAUGCUUGGGACUGGUUUUGAGUGUCGUUUUAGUGGUUGCAGCAACAUGGAAUUUAGCUCAGAAAGGUCUAAAUGCCAAUUUCUUCAAGCCCUAG